AUGUUCCGUCAAACCGCCCUACUAGCCCUUGCUCUGCUGCCCUUCUCGCUGGGCCAAGUGUCUGACGACUUCGAGAAGGGAUGGGAUCAGACGGCAUGGCCAAUCUACGCCCCCGACUGUAACCAGGGCGGGAAAGUGAGCCUCGACAGUUCGACGGCUCACAGUGGGAAGAACUCGAUCCGGGUCGACGGAGCCGGUGGCUACUGCGGACACGUAUUCUUCGGCACGACCAAGGUCCCUAGCGGCGAUCUCUACGUCCGGGUCUACGUUAAGGCCUCCAAGGCUCUUACCGAUUCUCACGUGUCCUUUAUCACGAUGCCGGACUCCGCGCAAGGCUCCAACAAGCACCUCCGCAUCGGCGGCCAAAGCAAGAUCCUGAUGUACAACCGCGAGUCGGACGACGCGACCCUCCCUGACCUUUCCCCGCAAGGCAUCGCCACAUCCACCGCUCUCCCUACUGGCAGCUGGCAAUGCUUCGAAUACCAUAUCGGCACCGACGGUACGGUCGAGACCUGGCUGAACGGCAACGCCAUCGCCGGUUUGACGUCCAAGCCGGGUGUAAGCAACCCCAAUGCGGCCCAGUGGCAGAGGAGCUCCAUCAAGCCCAAGCCGACGGCCGUUUACUUCGGUUGGGAAUCGUAUGGCGGGGACACCAACACGUUUUGGUACGACGACAUUGCCAUCAGCUCGACUCGGGUUGGAUGCACAUGA